AUUUUUCGCAGUCAGUAUCAACCAAAGUCGACGACAACAUCACCAAAUCCAACACUCUUCUGGACGUCGCCCAACACCUUUUCCCAUUGUUCGACAAUAUGGGUGUUGCAAAGAAGACUCGCAAAUUCGCUCAAGUCAAACGCAUUAUUGGUCAACGUGAUGCUCGGCUCAAGAAAAAUCAAGACACAGGCAAAAAGGUCGAACCCAAGAAAGACGGCGAUGUGAUCAGAGAAGCACCACAAGUCUCAUCUGCUCUAUUCUUUCAAUACAACACAGCCCUUGUCCCGCCGUAUCAGGUCCUUGUCGAUACCAAUUUCCUCUCCCACACGGUUCAAAAGAAACUCGAAAUGUUGUCGACUAUGAUGGACUGUCUUUACGCCAAAUGCAUCCCCGUCAUCUCUGAUUGUGUCAUGGCCGAAUUGGAAAAGCUGGGACAGAAAUACAGAAUUGCUCUACGAAUUGCAAGAGAUGAGAGAUGGGAGCGAUUGAAGUGUGGUCACAAGGGGACCUAUGCCGAUGACUGCAUCGUCGAUCGAGUGAUGAGACACAAGAUUUACAUUGUGGCGACUAACGACAGAGAUCUAAAGCGACGGAUACGCAAAAUUCCUGGUGUGCCGAUCAUGUCGGUGGCUCGAGGAAAAUACGUGAUUGAAAGACUCCCUGACGCCCCCGAAAAGUGAGCCUAUGGCCAAGAUGAACCGAAUUAUACAAUCAAGAUCUCCUGCGACCUGAGAGAUUUCCAUUCAUAUCCUUCUCAGACCCUCCAUAUCCUCCAAAUGGACUCAACAGCCCAAGCUAGUAACGCGAGAGACACAGCGCCAAUAAUACAGAGGCCAGUUAUGACCUUGCGGCGCAGCAAGAAGGCCUCGUUGACUUCGGCUUUUGCCAGUUUGCGCUGGUGCGAGUGAUAAUAGUCUGGUUUAGUGUCGGCGCUGGAGAAUAUUCUGCCAUAAGUAUGGCGGUCGAUGAGGAACAACGACAAUAGAAAUGAGACGAAGAGUAUGGGAGCGACAAAAAGCCGCGUGAGAAUUGGCUCAGCCGCAGGCAUUCUCUCCGCCGUUCCUCCGAAUUUGGGUGAAGCCAUGGUGCAGAAAGCGGGUGCCUGGUGGUGUGCACCGCAUACCGCAAAUGGCAGAUUCGUCUGAAGAUGAAUUUCUGUCGCGUGCAGAAUAAGUUGGACGUCGUGAAUGAGCAAGCCUAAGAAGCACUUCCAGGUUGUGUGGAAGCUGGUGGCUGAAUUGACAAGUAGUCCGUCCAGUACGUCACAGCAGAUGUUUAUUCGAAAGCGAGGGGCGCAGGUUCCCGCUCAUAGAAUACGAGAGAUUGAGUCAGCGCACGGUGUAGGCUGCAAGAGGAAAGUCGUUGGCGAUCACACUUUGUCAAAGACAAUCCAUGAUUACAUUACCCAGCCUUCACCACAGUUAGGUACAUGGUACAUACUGCAUGAAUAAGUCAAGUAUCUAUGUAGAUAUGUCUGGAAAGAUG